UUGCUGAAAACAGUGGUUUCGUGCACAGAAUGCUCAGAGCACAGCUUGCAUGGCCUAGUUGCAGAAAGAUCUUGGUGCUUGCCGACCUGUUUUCUUGGCUUCAAGGGCCUAUAAUUGAGUUUGGAACCGCAUCCAAAUCUGCCGUUGAUCAUUUGCGAACAUGGCCUUGGUUGAACGAGAGAUCGACGGAAUUGUGGAAGAAGUUGAAGACACUUGGGGGGACAUGGAGCGCAUGGAGCCAGAUGCUUUGAGGAUCUUUGAGACUAUUGGCAGAAUCUGCGCAGCUUUCAACACAGUGGCUUCGUGCUUCGCAUUCAUUCGUCACCAGUCCAGUAGAAGGCCUGCAGCUACUCAGCCUACCCACCAAGUGCCAGGUCCGCCUGCGCUUCCUGCCCUGCUCCUGCAAGCGGCAGAUGGGACUGUGAUGGCUGUUCAGGCUGUUCCGUUGCACUUUGCGCCAGGAGUGAUGCCUCAUCCUUCGCCACAGUUACCACGCCCCGUUCCAGGCUUGACACAAACGUAUAGUGUGUCAUAGUGUGUUUUAUGGAUGCUCAAGAGCUGGAGUUGCAGUUGGAGUGGUUUUGCUGAAUCAGAG